CCACUAAAGAAAGAAAGAAAGAAAGAGCUUGCUCGCGUGUGAUGUGUUUAUGUAUCAUGAGUGUAUUUCUCUCUUGAGUGUUUUAUUGAGUGUAAACAGAGUCUUGUCUCUGUGUAUUUCAGUGUUGAUAAGAUGGAUGUGAUGUGCUGUAAAUCAGGAACUGAUCAGGACUUACAGGAUGAUGAAUCUACUGAUCAAACCUCCACAGAGUCUCUGGAUUCUGUCUGUAACGCUGGAGAACAGCAGCAGAUCCUGCAGACCAAACUCAACAUGUGUUCAGUCAAACUGGAGGACAGCUCGAACCUCAUGAUGAAGAUCAAAACUGAACCCAAAGAAAUAAAAACUGAACCUACAGAAAUAAAAACUGAACCAACAGAAAUAAAAACUGAACCAACAGAAGAUGAAGAUGAAUAUGAAGACAAACACAAUUAUGGUCAUGAUUUUAUUCUCUCAGGUGAGAAGAGUGAUUCAAGUUACGAUGGAGAAAUAAUGUCCUCAACAUCAAAAGAGCGACAGACAGCACAAACUCAUUCCUGCAUCACCGGUGAAGAGACAUUGAACUCACAGAGACAUUUAGAGAGAAAACACACAGAACAGAAACUCUGCACCAGAUCUAAGAUCAGCUUUACUACCUUACAAGAGAAGAAACUUCAUUCAGAAGAGCACAGAGAGAAGAAGAAGUUUGACUGUCAGCAGUGUGGGAAGGAUUUUGACUUACUAUCUAAUCUAAAAGUUCACACGAAGAUACACAGCAAUGAAAAGCCUUUCAACUGUAGUGAGUGUGGCAAAUAUUUCAGCACCAAACAAAGCCUUGAUAUUCAUCAGAGAAUUCACACAGGAGAAAAACCAUACGAGUGUCCUCAAUGUGAGAUGAGAUUCAGCCACAGAGCUUAUCUGAAGACACAUGUGCUUUUUCACACCAAUGAGAGACCGUUUCAGUGCAGUGAAUGUGGAAAAACCUUUAGGUAUUCAUGUUCAUUAAAAUUACACCAAAAAAUUCACUCUAAAGAGAAACGCUAUCAAUGUUCACACUGUGAUAAAAGUUUCGGUCAGAAAUCUCAUCUGAUAGUCCAUGAGAGAUUGUACACUGGAGAGAAACCUUACGUCUGUAGUGUUUGUGCCAAGAGUUUUAAUCAACAAUCUAAUUUAGUGAGACACCAGAGAACUCAUACAGGUGAAAAACCUUACAAAUGCUCUCAGUGUGAGAAGACGUUUGCUGCGGCAGGUUCCUUAAAAGCCCAUGAGAGAGUUCAUACUGGAGAGAAACCUUACCACUGUAAUGACUGUGGGAAUAGUUUUAAACAACAUAAAACUUUAGUGUUACAUCAGAGAACUCAUACAGGUGAAAAACCUUACAAAUGCUCUCAGUGUGAGAAGACGUUUACUCAGUCAAGUCACUUAAAAAUCCAUGAGAGAGUUCACACUGGAGAGAAACCUUACGUCUGCUCGAUCUGUGGGAAGAGCUUCUUUAAUAAAACUUCUCUCAACUAUCAUAUGAGGGUUCACACUGGAGAAAAACCUUACGUCUGCUCGAUCUGUGGAGAGAGAUUUACCAGUGCAGGACCUUUUAAGAGUCAUCAAAAGAAACAUGCUGAAGAACAAACUGAUUUGUGAAAAAGACUUUGUCUCAGUUUUCACCCCUGAUGAACAAAUAUACACAAUAUAUAUAGUGGCAAGAAAAAAUAUGUGAAUGUUUUGGAAUUUCAUAGUUUUCUGAAUAAAUUUGUAAAAAAAUGUGAUCUGAUCUUCAUCUAAGUCAAGGGUUAUGACAAGCAUAAUGUGUCUAAAAAUAAUUACACAAAAAUGUUGAUCUUUCAUGUCUUUAUUGAGAACAACAACAAAAAAACAUAUAGUGCAUAUGGAAAAAGUAUGAAACUAAGAUAGAAUUACAAGAUGUGGCAAUUGCUCUUGUUGAAUAAUUAGCAAGUUUUGAUGGAAAUUAUAAGGAAGAAAUAGCUGCUUUGACAAACGUUUAUUUAUUUUCUGUAUUUUCCUUAACACUUUUAUAAUGUCUUUUAUUUGAACAAGUACAUUAUUAAAACCAUUUAAACAUUUCACAA